AUGAAGUUGUGGAAAAGCCUUAAGAUAUCAAUAGGCAAAACGGAUCCUAAAAACUAUCCACACGGACUUCCUCAGUGGGGUCAGGGCUACGAACUAGAUGUUUUCAAAUCUCAAACCUCCUUAUCAACGGAUUCGGGUCUUUGCACAGAGAGAGGUCUGAGACGGACACAUAUUGAACUAAUUAAACCGCCGGGGAAACGCAUCGGACUAAAACUGGCAGGUAAGCAAAUAUUCAUACCCGGAUGA